AUGAUGUUGUUUUGGCGUAGACACGAAGAAGAGAUAGCUGGGAUUGUAUACAAAGCAACCGUUACGCAUCUAGAGCUCGAGGCACAAUAUGUAUAUCCUGGAUUGUUGUUGGAUGUGAAAUUUUCUGGCUUGUACGUUGGUUUGGUAUUGUCGCAAGCAUUUUCGGUGCAGCUUCCUGCAGAGUGGCAUCGAUGGCUUGACUCCGAGACAAGCUCAUGGUCUCUAGAGAAGAACUCGAUUAUUAUGUUGCGUAUACUGCCAAGUGUGAUGGAGAUAAUACCGACGUUGAUCUGA